UGAUAAUAUAAUUAAGCUGGGUAUAAGAUUGGCGAUUGGAUUGAAUUGGAUCAAUAAUUGAAGAGUAACUAAUUGGAUAGAAAUAGGAAAUUGGAUAGAUUUGUAAGGCGAUUAUUACAAGUUAAAAUUUAUAUAAAUCUAUACAAUAGUUCAAAACAGGUGAUUAAAUCUGGGAUUUAUUAGGAUGGGAAAAACCAGGACAAUGGGAUAUAUACUAUAAAGGAUUAAUUAUGUUUGAUAUCAGUUUUAUACUUAUUUAGAGUUGGAGGUCAAUAUGAUUAGAAUAGCACAAAAAAGGAAAAUGGAUAGAACCAAAAUACAAUUUUUAUAGGUUAAUUAACUUCCUAACUUAGUUAAAGAAUACUUCAAGAGGGAAUAUAUACUAAAGGUCAAAGAGUGGAAAGUGGAAAGCACAUUAAAAAUAUGAGUAAGUAACAACUAAAUUAUUAUAAAAGAGGAGGAGGAGUAUAUAAUCAAUAGAGAUUAAAAAUGAGACAUAGAAUAUAUUUGGAUGAUGAUUAUUAAUCGUAUCGUUAUUAACGACUUUAUAGAUUUAGAUAGAUCACUUAUAGUGGUGAAUGUACUAAUGGAAAGCAGAUUGGAAAAUGGUAUAUCUUAUAUAAAGGGGAUCUCAUGUAAUCCUUAUAGUAAUUUAUCUUAGAGGGGGAGGAUCAUAUAAUGAGAAUGGCUUAAAGGAUGGAAAAAGAAUAAAAAUCCAACAUAACUUCUAAUAGUUUUCGAAAUCUGAGUGAAGUAGAUUUGCCAAAUGACCCUAAAGUUAACUGUAAUAUUAAUAAUCAAGC